AUGACAUCUAAUGUUGAUAUGAAGGAUGAAUCGAGAGGGCGUCCCAUCUCUAAAGCCAAGAUUGAGAUAUUGCUGGGGAAGACAGAGAACUUUGAUGAAUUAAUGGCAGCUGCUGCAGAGGAGAGGGCUGCUGCAGAUGGUGAUGAGCAGAGCUGA